UCUCGACGCGCUUUCGAAUUUCCUCUCAAAACUCGAAAACGCGAUCGCUGGAAGUCACUUGCUUUACUUUGUAAUUUCCAUUCAUUGUGCAAAAUGAAAUGACUCAGCUCGAUGAUUUGCAUAGAAAAAGAGCCAGGAACGUAGAACCUAGCAGCUCCCAUGGAACACGAUUGACGGCGUCGCAGAUUAUUGCUGACGAGGAAGAAGGAUCAGAGGGCGAACAAUACAUCGACGACGACUUGGAGAGCCCAAAUGAAGACGCCGAAUUUGAACAAAGAUCCGGACGCGUUUCCUCUGAUCGAAGUCGUCGAAAGAAGAGCAAACAGAGUGUUGGUACCAAGCCAUUGGACGGACUAGAAAAAGACGAAACUGACUCUAUGAAUUUUCAAAUGCUUGUAAGAAACAUCGUGCGUCUUGCCAUUUGCUCCCAAAGCUCUCACCAAGCUCUUUCGCGAAAGGAAGUUAUACAGCGUGCAUUUUUGCAAGGAAGUUCCCGAAGCUUGUUUCAGCCUGCACUAGAAGAGGCAAACCACCAACUUCAGUCUGUCUUUGGAUUUCAACUGGUUCAAGUAAGCCCCACAAACCGAAGAAAAGAAAUGGCUAUCUCCCAAUUGCGAAAACAACAUGCUUCGAAUGCUUCUUCUUCUUCCAAUAUUCCAAAGUAUUGGAUUUUAAAAUCAUCUCUCCGUCCUGAAUACAGUAAUGAUCAACGACUUGUUCCUGACUCAUUGGGUGAUACUUCGUUUCUUGGAUUUUUGAUGCUUGUUGUUUCGCUUGUAGCAGUUUCCCAUGGAUUUCUAGGAGAGAUGGAACUGAAAUCUUAUUUAGAAAAUUUGUUAUCUUCUGAAAUAACCCCUUUUCAACUAGACUUAGAUCGCUCCCUCAAUCUUCUUGUAAGAUUUGGUUAUUUGGAUCGCGUUAAAGAUGAUACCCAUAAUCAAUCGGUUUACUAUGUUGGUUCUCGUUCUGAAGUCGAAAUUGGUAAGCAGGGUUUGAAAAGCUUCAUUUCGGAGUUUGUCCAAGGUACCAAUCUUGAUGAAGUACUACCUGACUUCACAAGUGAGAGAUCGGAAAGUCUUUCGAAUGUAACGGAAAAUGACGAUUAGAACGUCACCGUAUUUUUCACAUUCCUUUCUUGUUUCUCUUUUGUAUGUCUUAGAAUCUAUUUACUAGAGAUACCUGCAUUUGUUGUACAUUAUGUUCAUAAUGAAAAUUCAAUUCAUCACAUCUUUAUGAUCUAUCAAUAUACAAUAUUCUAUUAACAUGAAAAAU